UCAAAAAUAAAAUAUAAAAUAUGUCAUUUGAAUAAAGAAUUGUUUUUUCAGAAACUUACUCACAGAUUACUUACAGUGAUCUGUGCUUUACUUUGUUGUUGUAUUUUUCUCAACAUGAGUUCGAAGACUGAAACUAGCCUAAGGAAUUUUUUCAUUUACAAUCCUACUUACAGCAAUAAGGAAGGGGAGGAACUGAAAAAAAUUCUAUACUACCAUCCUGUCACCGAUCAUUGUGAAGUUCAGAUAAAGAAUAUAGGACUGGUUGAAGGAAUACUCAACUUUACAGGCACUUUCAAAGUGAAUUCAGAUUUGACUAGUUUGCAUACCCAAAAAACAAGGCAGUUGAUUCUUGAAGUGGAAAAAGAUUUUUGGAUGGUUAUGAUUUUGGAGGUACCAACCAUAACUAAAUCAAAAGAUGGCACUAUGAUUUGUGAAUAUAUGGAAGAGGAAAUACAAGAUAAGGUUUACGAAUCUAUUUUGAGGCACGCAUAUGCUAUGUAUAGAUUAUUCUGGAAUACUUUUCAACACACAAUACAUCAUGAUGGUAUAGAGGUUCUUAAAACAAGACUUUCAAAUUUUUAUUCAGCAUAUUUCAAAAACAUGAAACUGGCGCAUGCUGAUAUCCUCAAUGUUUUUUGUGGAAUACAAUACCUACCCUUAGAUAAGCUGACGUUCCUCAAGGUUCAGUGUUUGAUAAAUGCUCUUGAAUGUGACUUUCCAAUUGUUGAACAUUCUGCAUUUUUAUACAAUGAUCAUUUGAUUUGGAGUGGCCUGGAACCUAGUGAUAUGCAAACCUUAUACCAGUAUUUAAUACGUACAUUAUUACCAGCUAGUUUAGAAGUGGAAUUACAGGGUGGUUCUAUGCCAAGGAAUUCAAAUUCGCCAUUUUCUAAGCUGAGACAUGGAAGAUUUGUGACAGGUCCAACAAAUUUGAAAAACGCAAAGACUACAGGGAAAAUUCCAAAAAUAUAUACUUUCUCUGGAUCUACUGCUGCUUACAAUUUAGUGGUUUAUAGAGCUUUGAGUGCUUCAUUGUGUCUUUUCAUAAGAGUGGAGAAAGAUCUCACUUUGGACUUUUUUAAAAACUUUGAUAGUUAUAUAAGUUCCAAAUUGACUUCGCUUGUGUCAGAAAUCGCUGAAUACUGUUCUAAGCAAGUAACAACUCCAUCAAACAUUCCUGAUAAUGCCCCAAAGUUCAUAUAUUUCAACAAAUUCAAUCUAGCAUAUAAAAGUACCGUUCAUCUAGAUAACAAGCAGUCCGGAAAUGUUACUAUCAGCGAUGAGCAGCUCAAGAUAAUAGCGGAUAUGAAUACUUUUAACCCAUCAACUGAGGAUUCUACCGAAACUGUGAUCAAAACUUUGAAUGAUUAUUGGGUAGUGGCAAAGACUUCGAAUCAUAGGGAGUUCUAUGUAGUAGAACAGCAGAAAAAUGCACAUCUUAUCGAUAUCAGUAAUGAUAUAAAAAGUCUUUGCGAGUCAGAAUUGAAGGGGAUUUUUUUCCAGCCUCUUUAGUGAUAGAGGAAUUGUAUUGGCAGGAAUCAAUCAUUUGUAAAUAAAUGAAAUAAUAAGUACUAAACAAA